UCAUCCCAAUCUCUGAUGGUGUCCCGUGUUGUUCUACUUCACGCACACGUCUCCCCCUCUUUCCUCCCUGUCUCACCCACCUCCACCCUUCUGUAUCUGUCUCCACCCGCCCAGGCCGGUCAUCGGUUGGUCCUGGUGUUGGGCGACCUGCACAUCCCCCAUCGGUGCAACACGCUGCCGGCCAAGUUCAAGAAGCUGCUGGUCCCGGGGAAGAUCCAGCACAUCCUGUGCACCGGGAACCUCUGCACCAAGGAGAGCUACGACUACCUGAAGACGCUUGCCGGGGACGUCCACAUAGUCCGCGGAGACUUCGAUGAGAACCUGAACUACCCGGAGCAGAAGGUGGUCACGGUGGGCCAGUUCAAGAUCGGCCUGAUCCACGGCCACCAGGUGAUCCCGUGGGGGGACAUGGCCAGCCUGGCGCUGCUGCAGAGGCAGCUCAACGUGGACAUCCUCAUCUCCGGGCACACGCACAAGUUCGAGGCGUUUGAGAACGAGAACAAGUUCUACAUCAACCCCGGUUCUGCUACUGGAGCCUACAACCCACUGGAAAGAAACAUCAUCCCCUCCUUCGUACUGAUGGACAUCCAGGCGUCCACGGUCGUGACGUACGUCUAUCAGCUGAUCGGGGACGACGUGAAGGUGGAGAGAAUCGAGUACAAGAAGUCCUAAAAGGUGCGAGGAGGAGGAGGAGGAGGAGGAAGAGUUAACGAGGCUCAGUGAAUCGUUUCAUUCCUGUCCACCAGGGGGCAGCAGCUCCCUGAGUCACAUCAGAACUGAGCCGUGACUCACCUGAAACACCUGUGUAUUAUAGUGUUUAUAUGUCAUCAGUAGCUCCUUAAAUCUUUAGAGAAUCCAGACGAAACACAUGUUUUGCUAUUAAAACAAAUAUUCGGUGCCAUUUAUUUUAUUUUAUUUUUUUGUUCCUCAUGUUGUGGACAUGUGACCAACUGGCAUUUAGUCUCCUGUAGUUCUUCUUUUACUUCACAAUAAAAUAUGAUUUCACUCCA